CACAACAAACGAUGGGUUGCACGUCAUCGGCAGAAGAACGGGCCGCCGUCGCCCGGUCGAAACUGAUCGAGCGUAACCUUAAGGAGGACGGCAUCCAGGCGGCCAAGGACAUAAAACUUCUGCUGCUCGGCGCUGGCGAAUCGGGAAAAAGUACAAUCGUUAAACAAAUGAAAAUUAUUCACGAAAGUGGCUUCACGUCAGAGGACUUCAAACAGUAUAGGCCAGUAGUGUACAGCAACACGAUACAAUCACUAGUUGCGAUACUGCGAGCGAUGCCCAACCUGAGCAUUGCGUUCGGUAAUAACGAGCGGGAGUGUGACGCAAAGAUGGUGUUCGAUGUGGUGCAGCGGAUGCACGACACAGAACCGUUCUCGGAGGAUCUGCUAUUAGCGAUGAAGAGGCUGUGGUCGGACACCGGUGUGCAGGAGUGCUUCUGCCGUAGCAACGAGUACCAGCUGAACGAUUCCGCAAAAUAUUUCCUGGACGACCUCGAUCGAUUGGGCGCCAAGGACUAUCAGCCAACCGAGCAGGACAUCCUACGGACACGUGUCAAAACCACCGGUAUCGUGGAGGUGCACUUCUCCUUCAAGAACUUAAACUUCAAGCUGUUCGAUGUCGGUGGUCAGCGGUCGGAGCGAAAGAAGUGGAUCCACUGCUUCGAAGAUGUAACCGCCAUCAUCUUCUGCGUAGCCAUGUCCGAGUACGAUCAGGUGUUACAUGAAGAUGAAACCACGAACCGUAUGCAGGAGUCCCUGAAGCUGUUCGAUUCCAUCUGCAACAACAAGUGGUUCACCGAUACCUCAAUCAUUCUAUUUCUGAACAAAAAGGAUUUGUUCGAGGAGAAAAUCCGGAAAAGUCCGCUGACAAUCUGCUUCCCGGAGUACACGGGCGGACAGGAGUACGGCGAAGCGGCGGCCUACAUCCAGGCGCAGUUUGAGGCUAAAAAUAAGUCCACAUCAAAGGAAAUCUAUUGCCACAUGACAUGUGCAACGGACACCAACAACAUUCAGUUCGUGUUCGACGCCGUCACCGACGUUAUCAUAGCGAACAACCUGCGCGGCUGCGGUCUGUACUAGGCGCCGGAAGCGGCCCCGUUUGGUGGAAGGAUGCUUGCGCGACGGAAGGAGACUGUUGCCGACGGUGUGGAGUUGGUGGGCGACCACCGGAUGUUCGCUCGGCCGAGUGGGCGAGAUUCGAGUGCUUUAUUUUUGCCGUUUUGUUUCUCUACCGAUACUACUGGACUCCAGUCAACUUCCGCGGGAGGCGAGUGGCCGAUGGCUUCUGUAUUUCGUUGUAUUAUUAUUUGUUUCAAUGUUUCGUUGCGGUCUCUAUUAUCCGGUGUAACCGAUGUUGUCAUAUCUCGAUCAUGCUCCAAACGCUCCGGGAGUUUAGGCAGAGCCGAAAGAGAGAAGAAGGUGUGAGUGAGGGAAAAAUAACAUUGCCACUAGUCGGUUGUUUAUUGAACGGUUUAAGGCAUAGAAACAUGAUUAAAUCGAUAGCAUGGCCCACGUGUGCACGUAGCAGGCCCCCGACGGAUGCAAUAUAUGAGAACGUUAUAAUGUGUUCAAAGCAGAAACAAACAGAAAACAAAAAAUUACGAACAGAAGCAGUGUCACUACUGACCCGCGGUCAGAAUCUAGCAAAGUAACGUAUAACAUUCGGUGGUUAAGACACCAUUCGUACUGACCCGGUUCAUCACUAUGCGAGGCGGAUGUUCAAACGUUCACGCUGUCACCGAUGCCACUUCACACACAAUCGCAGCUUAAGCCUUCCUAACGCACACCGGAAGCAGUAUACAGUCAUGUGAAUGGGACGACCAUACGUAGAACCAGCGGUUGCCACGGACAAGUCCUUGCCUGAUAUCGGCUUGAAACCCAUCCAUGCAACGGAAGUCCGCCACCAUCAUCCGGGUGAGAAGAGUCCUACAGCUUACGAGUUGUAACGAUCGGCCACAAUGUAAGAUCGCACAAAAUUUCGAACUCUUUACGCACAUUACAACGACGCUCACUACCGCGAACGGCUCCGAGCCGGGUGAUAAGGAUAAAUGUGCACAAAUGUGAAGAGGCUCCACACUACGCACCGUCUUCGGUAACGAAGCACAAGUUCGCGCAGCGCAAAACCAAACCAAAUAUGAUUUGCUUCUACCAACCAACCAAAGUUAAGAGUUAAUAUGUGACCACACCGCCUGUGGUUCUCGGGAGGGGCUAUUUUUUCGUUGUUAUGUUUUGUUUUUGGCUGAGACAAGAUGAAUGUGUAUCUAUUUAUUGCAGUUACUAUCCGCACUAUGAUUACUGAUUGUAUUACCAUUACGAUAAUAUUUUUUUUGUAUUAGUGUCUAAUUGUAAGUGACCGUGGGUGGGCUAGGCAUGCAGAACGGGUCUCCGAGAAAAUCGAACAUCCAACGAAAGGAGGGCACUAUGCCGUGUGGUGGCGUUAGCAUGAUCGCACAGCAAGCAGCACAAAAACGUACAGCGCACAAACAUUGCAGCCAUUACACUAUUCUUCUAAGGGAUCCGGGCCGGGUGAAUGGUGAAGUGUUACUGUAGUAAUAUCGGCAGAGAAAGUGUUAGUAAAAAACGAUCCCUGCAUCGGGAUCGGUAAUCCAAGGUAUUAAGCAAGGGAUCGCGUUAGUGGUGUAUCGUCAGUUGAAGCUUAUUUAUUUAUGGUAUCUAAUUUUGUCACAUUUGUUACGCGCACCGCAACCCGCUCGUUACUUAGGCCAUGGGGAGCAAGGAGGGCGAAAGAAGGCGAACGCCGAACUUGUCUGUUCAUUUGUAACAACAUUCCUUAAAGUGGAAAUUUGCUGGACUUGUUUUGUUGUAGCUUUGUGUUUUCCACCGUUCCUUCUGGCCCACCACGGACUGUUUGAAAGUCUAACGGCCAGCUCGAGAUUUUUGACCAUACCUCUAGGUGAUAAGCUGCGGAGCCAUGCACAUCUCCGUCAUUCACACACGCGUACAGCUUGCCUGCCUACGCCGCUUUGUGCCAACGAACAUGAAACGUGAAGUUGCUUUUCUCACCAAAAAGAAAAAAAAGUAACGAAAUGCAUUAGGAUUUUCCGUUCCGACACAUUCGAUCGUGCAGCUAGUAAAAUUGUUGAUGGGUUGUUCGGUGACCAGAGCUAUCGCUGGUGGAACGAUCCUGUAAGGACGAUGUAGGUUUUGGCGCGCCAUGGUUGGUGGUGACUCGUUUACCCUCUCUUUUUUUAUACGUUACGCUACUGUUAACAGCCACGCCACAAGCCGUUAGUUUCCACGGAUCUGUUUUCGGGUGGGUUGAUAGGGGAACCCAAGAGGAUCGACAAUCCGACGCUAUGUCCACGCGCAAAACCAAUUGCUAUGUUCAGCGCCACUCUCCGUAACAAUCUUUAGUAAAGUACAAAACAGCGAGCGCUAUUGCUUUUUGUUCCGAAACAACCCGGAUGGCACGUCGGAUAGUUUAGCUUGUAUUGCAACGUUCAGCCGUUUUCCGCAUGAUUACAGAAUUAUGCUCUUUAGGUUGGCAAACUGUUAUAGUUAAAGCUCUAGGAACUGGAGGCAAGCUCUAGGUAGCUCCGCUCGGUUUAGUAACAUCGAUCGCGCCCUCGCAGGGCGCAAUCACGGUGCCAGGGAACAUACCUUGUUUUGUGUGCCACGCAGAUGCUGAAUCCAAUGACCAAAUUAUCGACAAGCAGAGAAAAAUAAGCUAAAACAAAAUACCAAAUCUUAUCUUUACACCGCGAAACAGCACGUCGCCGUGCCGGACAGCAUUCUACUUCUAUUUUUGAUAAAAGGGGAUUAUUUACUUUAUUUUCCUACCGAAGCGCUAGAGAGAUAGAAGAAACGAGCGUGAAUCACAAAUAAAGGGCACACGGAUCACGGAUCGAUCGCGGGACAGGAGAUCGCGGGCGUAGAAAUCGGAGUGCGAAACUGUUGUCAAAGCAUGCUCCGUGCAUAUUAUAUAUUAAUAGAACAUAAUUAGAAGUAUUUGAGGACAGAACGCGAAGGUCGGAAGGUCUCGUGCCACGGAGGUACUUUGUUUUCUAACGAACUGUUUAUCUAUUUUCCCUGACUGAAGGCUGCCUAAAUUGUUUACACCGAACAGCACAACGCUUUUCGCAGUCCCAAACGCGCGCUUUUCCCUCUGCCACGUUGCGCUUGGCAGCUGCACAGGUUGGCAGCGUUGGCAACCUUUAAGCCAACCGUGGAGUUGUAUCAUUGACCAGCCGUUCAAAUUGAUCGGCCCCUCGCUGUGGCGCGAAACCACUCUGAUUUUCCUGCGAUGUGACCGCUUGAGAGUAAAGGCUCUCGUUGUUUCAUCCUUUCACGGCGUGAGCCCCUUCUUCAACUCACAUCACAACGGGCCGUUAAAAAGGGGUUCCUCGUCUGUACGACUUUAUUCACUGGGGGAUGGGAGAAGAAAUUAGAAGAAAACCAACCAACAAAAGCCGCCAACACUGCGAUCCGAGUGGUUCGCGCGGAAGCGGACAAUAAAUUUAAAACAGAAGAAUUGUCGCGACUGGCAAAUAUUGAGCAAAAUGUGCAGCAGGAGCAGCAGCAGCAGCAGGACUACCGCGACGUAAAACUAUAUCCGCUUUUGAAUACAAGAAUAAGUAUCUUUUUUGAGAAGGUAUAAUGUGCGAGGGAGAAAUCAUUCACAAACAAAUAAUCUUAACAAAUACUAUAAUAUUUGACGAUAAAGAUAGAAUCCUGAGAGAGAGAGGGCAAGAUAAGUGAAAGAAAGUGCGAUGGUUAUAAAAUAGAAGAAAGAAACAGAAGGAAGUAAGCAUGAACGGGAGCGAACGCAGGGCGAGAACCUUAGGAAGAAAUUUGAAACCCAUACCACACUUAAUAAGAAAGAAACAAAAAUACUACCAAAACAUAAAACAAGACAAAUGCAAACAAAAAAAGAAAAAAAUAAACCUAAAACAUUAGAUUAGAGCUCGUUAAAUCAGAACAAGGAAACCAUAACAAGGGCAGUGGAACACUGGUGGAACAGGAUCGAUAAGUGCGAUACCCUGUGUGAACCUCAUCUGGACGAAUGGAGGCGAAAUCGAAAUCCGUUUGUUCGCUUUCGAUGCCGGACAGCUGGUUUGGUUGACCGACCGAGAGUCCGGGUUCCAAACUCUUAGACGCUGCAUGCGCACGCGUGUGUAGUACGUAAGAAAUCAGGCUAAAACAACCAACCUGAAGCGAAAAAUCUGUGGCUAAGCAGAAACACUCCGAAUUACAGCAUACUAGUAUGUCCUUCGUUUCCGCAAAGUGUCACAGGUGAGGAACGUUUAAACGGGCGCCCGUUGCCCCACGGUUGCCGGAGCGAUGUUCGGAAACGCAACGCAAAAACUUAUCUCAACUCAUUCGAAGUAGAAAAACAACCCGAAAAAAAGCGAAACGAUCUCAUACUUUAGACACAUUGCGCCUCGAUCGUAUCACUCUGGACAGUAGUGGGAAGGUUCACCAUAUAUACGAGCACAUACACAUUUUUCAUUACUAUAUUUUGCUUACCGCCAAAACCGUUCACCCGUCUUGCCCAAACCGUCCGACCGGUGCCAAGCCCCGCAGAGCCGCGAUGGAAAAGGAAGCAAAUCUUUCGAUGGACGUCCGUGGUACUAGUUUCGAUUCGGCGGUUUGGGCAAGUGCAUCAGAUGACAUGGAAGAAAAAGGUUCACUCAAGCGAAGGAAAAGUAUUACAAAAUAAUAAUGGUAGAAGCAUCUGACGAACGCAGAGAUCCGCGGGGAGAAAAAUACACUCAAAACUCCAUUGUAGCUAUAUAAACGGGGGCACAGCAGGAGUAGCAGCAAAUCAGAGAGCAAACCAGCAAAGUAUAUAUAAAUAACAAAACUAUUAGAAACUGUAAAAUGAACAAAACAGAAACGAUAAAAACAGCAAACAAAAUAACAAAAAAAUCUAAUGGAUCAAGCAGUAGAGCGGAAACGAACGACAUACCACGCGAGAACCGACUCCCCGAAGCAACGCGGAUGCGAACGUGGUUGUACCAUUGAACACAGACGCACUAAACUAAGUCAUUAAUCUCGAACGGAUUGGCUAAUAAGUUGUGGCAAAAGCGGUGGCCAAAAUCGAUCUGCAAGUGAAGGUUUUCGGGGACAGAAGUUGCACACAAGGUAGAACCGGCAAAGUCGGGCAGACUCCUGGCGAUCGUAGCCUCUCGUACCCAGCUCGCAAAUCAGGAUCCGUUUCGUUAGAUCGGAUGCACUGCAAAUCCGAUUCCGAGUACCGCGUUCAUCACACGAAACCUUUCUCACUGGGUGGCAUGCAUACUAAAACACAAGAGCCCGUACAUCACAUAUAAGCAAACACAUACUGGCUGGCGGCAGGAAAAACCGAAGAUUCUGGCAAACUCGCCGAGCAGAUUGAACAGGAUUAAAAGGAACAAACAAAAACGCGGUAAACCAAACAUAUAUUUAACUUAAUGUGUAUGUAAUUUUAUGUGUGAUGUAAAAAUCGGAGAAAUAAAUGCGUUUUAGCCACUACAGUCAUAAGAAAACAAGCGUAUAAUGAUCUUUGAUAUUGAUCCAUCUCUCCAAUGUAGUC